AGCUUCCUUCCUCUUCUUCCCAUAUCACUCUUCGUUAUCUCUGUUUCGGUUAUCUUCUCCUCCUCCUCCUUUGAUCUCGCCUUCUCUCUCAAUUCCCAAAAGUCAGAAUUCCCUUUUCUGAUCUCUGUGAUUACGUCUCUCCACUCUUUUCCCGGAAAAAAAAAUCGCAUCUUUCCCGGAAAACUCUCACCUUUUCCGUUAUUUGAACCUCUGGGCUUCUUCACACGACACUAAGUUAUUGUAAUUGUGUAAAAAGCAUCGAACUUUGAUGGGUCUCUGUCAUGGAAAACCAAUCCAACACCAACCAAAACAGAGCAUCCCAUUCACCAACGAUGACGACGCACCACUCAAGACUCCUCCUCCUCCUCCACAGCCAUCGAAAUCACCAUUGUUCUUCCCGUUUAGUCCAUUACCUUCCCUCUUCAAAGCCUCCUCACCUUCCGUAUCCUCCUCCUCUAGCGUGAGCUCCACGCCACUUCGCAUCUUCAAGCGUCCUUUCCCACCUCCAUCACCCGCUAAGCACAUACGCGCCUUCUUAGCGCGUCGUCACGCGAAGCCUGAUCAAGCUUCGAUCCCUGAAGGUGGGGAGUGUGAGGUUGGGCUUGAUAAGACGUUUGGAUUCUCUAAGCAGUUUGGUUUGUGCUAUGAGAUUGAUGGGGAGGUGGGUCGUGGGCAUUUUGGGUUUACUUGCUCUGCUAAAGGGAAGAAAGGUAGCUUGAAAGGAAAUGAUGUUGCUGUCAAAGUUAUUCCCAAAUCAAAGAUGACUACGGCAAUAGCAAUUGAGGAUGUUAGAAGAGAAGUGAAGAUAUUGAAGGCUUUGAGUGGUCACAAGAACCUAGUCCAGUUCUAUGAUGCAUUUGAAGAUGAUGAGAAUGUUUACAUUGUCAUGGAGUUACUGAAAGGAGGUGAACUCUUGGACAAAAUACUUCAAAGGGGAGGCAAAUACUCAGAAGAAGAUGCUAAAAGAGUAAUGGUUCAGAUUCUUAGUGUAGUAGCAUACUGUCAUCUUCAAGGUGUGGUUCACCGUGACCUCAAACCCGAGAAUUUUCUCUUCUCUACAAAGGACGAGACUUCUCCUCUGAAAGUCAUUGAUUUCGGUCUCUCUGACUAUGUCAGACCUGAUGAGAGGUUGAAUGACAUUGUAGGAAGUGCUUACUACGUGGCUCCUGAAGUUUUACACCGUACAUAUGGAACUGAGGCAGAUAUGUGGAGCAUUGGAGUGAUUGCUUAUAUACUUCUCUGUGGUAGCAGACCCUUUUGGGCCCGCUCUGAAUCUGGAAUCUUCAGAGCGGUUCUUAAAGCAGAACCCAAUUUCGAAGAAGCUCCUUGGCCAACUAUGUCACCUGACGCUCUAGAUUUCGUUAAACUCUUGCUGAACAAAGAUUACCGUAAGAGACUAACUGCUGCACAGGCUUUGUGUCAUCCGUGGCUGGCUGGUUCACAUGACCUAAAGAUACCAUCUGAUAUGAUCAUUUACAAGCUCGUCAAAGUAUACAUCAUGUCCUCUUCUUUAAGGAAAACAGCUUUAUCGGCUCUUGCGAAAACAUUAACUUUACCGCAGCUUACUUAUCUGAGGGAGCAAUUUAAUCUGUUGGGACCAAGCAAAAACGGAUACAUCUCGAUGCAGAACUACAAAACAGCGAUCAUGAAGAGUUCGACAGAGGCAACAAAGGAUUCAAGAGUCUUUGAUUUUGUAGACAUGAUUAGUUGUCUUCAGUACAAGAAACUAGACUUUGAAGAGUUUUGCGCUUCGGCUUUAAGUGUUUAUCAGUUAGAAGCAAUGGGAACUUGGGAGCAACACGCACGUCGUGCUUAUGAGUUGUUUGAGAAAGAUGGAAACAGAGUCAUCAUGAUCGAGGAACUUGCAUCGGAGCUUGGUCUCGGUCCAUCAGUCCCAGUUCAUGUUGUUCUUCAGGAUUGGAUUAGGCAUUCUGAUGGCAAGCUAAGCUUCUUGGGGUUUGUAAGACUGUUACACGGUGUGUCCUCUCGGACAUUGCAGAAAGCGUAGAUAAGCUUCUUACCUUCACUCACACAUGUACUUCUCCUUAGCCUGCCUUUAGGAGAUGAACCUUACACCAAGUCUAAAGAUUAUGACUGUAAAGGUAACUCAAGAGGAACUCGUGAUCAAAUCAAUUGUUGCAGAGCUAGAGCUACCACAUAUGUAAGAUUGAGUUGCAGUGUAGGAGAUGUAGCUCUGGUUUGAUCUUGGUUCUGUUAGCUCUGUCUCAUGGUUGUCUUUCUUUUGGAGUCUUUAUGGUUCAGUUAUGGUGUUAAUGAGAUUAAAGGGGCUUUGCAGAAGUAGAAACAUGUCAAGUGGUCCCAUUAAAGUUUGUCUUUGUCUUCUUACUUGGUCCUUUGUAAUAAGAAUACACACAUCUGUUCUUACCUUAACAAAAGUAUCAACAUUUUUUUUGUUGAUGCUCAUAGUUGAACAAGAGAUCUUGGUCUUA